AUGUCGUUGGACACGUAUGAGGUGACUCUACUUCGUGAAGGUUUUGAGGAAAACGCCGAGGAAGGAUAUGUUAGGCGGCAAUGUAACACCGUUCUAGUACGAGGUCCGUGUGGAAACAUGGUGAUAAAUCCGGGCUCACCAUGGGAUGGACCAGCGUUGGUCGAAGCUCUCAAAAACCACGGAGUAGCUGAUCCCUCACAUGUUAAAUAUGUUGUCUGCACUGACGGAAGAGCCACACAUGUUGGCUGUCUCAGUUUGUUCUCCAAAGCUGAGAUGAUCAUUGUCGGUCACGACAUCCAAAAACCUGGAAAUGUUUUCAUUCAGCACGACUUCAUGGAUGAUUCCGUGCCUUUCGAAUUUGAUGAGAAUCUCUCUGUUAUUGGCACCCCUGGGUUGAUGGACCAGCAGGUGACUGUCUUUGUAAAGGGUAUUAUCACUCCCCAUGAUUCCCUCGGGGACGAAGUACCUAAAACUCCUGUAUCGAUUGCCAUAACCGGAUCGAUUUUUGCUGACGAGGAGGACGCUGCUCGAACUGGCGUCUUCCAUGGCAGCUACUUUCCUACCGAUUUCCGUGGCGAUGCGAAUUCCGGCCUCUCAAUUUGGCGCAAAAGCCGUGAUCGUCUCCUUGAGAAGUCUGAAUGGAUUUUCCCCGCUUUCGGAUGCGCUUUUAAGGUGAAACCUGAGUUUUCCAAAACACCGUGUGUUGAAUUGGCCUGA